UUUCAACCACACUUACCAAAUAUAUAUUCAUUCAAGUUUGAUAAACACUUCUUUGCUUCUUGAUUCUUGAUUCAAUUUCUCAAUCACUAUGAGUCCAAAACUAGCCUUUGCCAUUGCAACAAUCCUAAGCAUUUCAUGCAACGAAAAAAUUCUUGUUUUUGGCGACAUUGGGACAGCUAGUUCCUACAACCCUCCUUACACACCUACUAGGUGCAAUGGCAAUAGAGGCGACCAAUUCCCCUCGGGCAACCUGUUUGUGCAAGUGAGCGAGGGGCUGUGGGACAACGGCGCUGCUUGCGGCCGCCGUUACAGACUCCGGUGCCUCAGCGGCAGCAACCGGCCGUGCAAGGAGGGCACGGUGGACGUGAGGGUGGUCGAUUUUUGCACCCGACGGCCGUGCCCGUCGACUAUAAUGAUGUCGACCGAUGCCUUCGCCGCCGUCUCAAGAUCCCCAAACGCUAAAAUCAACAUUGAAUUUAUUGAGAUUUGACACGAAAUAUGGACAUUAAUUUGUGGACAGACUUCACAGUUUGCUAGCAUGUUUAGCUUAUUAAAUUUGGAUGCUGAUUUAAUUUGUAGCAUUCUUGUCGCUUAUAUUAAAUUUGUAUGAAUUAUUACACAAGAUAUAUAGUAUUAAAUUUUAUGAAUUA